UCACUCAAGUCAGCCACUUCCACGUUCCAUCUACUCGACAUCUAGCACGGCAUAUCUCAGAUAUUGCACUCGGGAGCUGAAAGGCCUGUUCAAUAACAGUUUGCGUCUGAUUUCCUAUCUCUCUCUCACUCUCUAAACAGUGCUAAAUGCAGUAAGCAGGACUUGCAAACCAAAGUGGGAUAAUACGUGCUUCUUCACAACUUCUUCACAUAGCUGAAAUAAGAUAUCGAGUAAAAUAAUUAACCGAGAAUCCUCAUCUAUAUAAAUACGGAGUGGAAGGCCAACGGAAAACAACAACAACAAAGGAUCCCAGUAAAUACGCAGAUUAAUUAGAAAUCAUAAUUUAGUAGACAAAUAAAUUUAGUAAAUAAACCAAGUCAUCCCCCUUGAUAUACAUACGUAAGAACUUGUUAGUCAAUUCGUUAAUUUGUUGGUUCAAUAGGUGAAUUUUAACCUGUAACUCUUGUGUAUCGCACUUCUCAUUAAAAAUUAAGGUAAAUUCAUAUCCAUUGUUUGAAGAGUUGAAUGGUGACGACGUGUCAUUCGGGUUCAUCUCGCUUUCCUUUAUCACGAUUGACAGCACCCGAGUUUCAUCCCCUCUCGCGUCGCGUAGGGGUAAAGUGAAGUGAAUGAAAACAAUCAACUCUGCGAAGCAGAAUAAAAAAUAUCCAAUUCAACGAGUAAAAAUAAGAAGUGUCCUGCUCAAAUUGGAUCCAAGGGGAAUGCCAAAGAAGACAAUACAGACCAGCAAAAUUGGACUCGCAAUUCAAUAAAUGAUAUCCGCCACCGUCAGUACUACGAAUUCUGUCAUAAUCAUCUCCUCUGAACGGCACUGCUUGUUUGCCAACCCAACAAAAAGUCAUGCCUUCUUCCCUCACACCCACGUUACUCUGGAUUUCGUGAUUCAACAAUAAGGACACAACAAUCCAUGCACUGUUCCUGAUUAAGACAGUUUCCUCAGCCCUCCACAACCAAGUUCUUGAAAAGCAAAGCCCUCCUCUUGUAACUGACAAACAGACGUAAACUGAGCUAUAAAAUUAGAUUCGACCACAAAGGAACAAAAAUAAAAUUAAUAUUUCAAAGUGAUCCAACAAAGGCAGAUGCAGACGACUUUCUCCAAACAUAAAGUGGUGUAGUUUGCCAUACUGAAACGACAACUGUUGUAAGUCCAGCACUCUACUUGACCAGCAGAGUAUAUGUAAUCGUGGAACAUUGACACAAGUCCCACAACACACAUUUGAACCCACUUUCACCAGAGGAAGAAUUGAACAGUUGAUUCAAUUUUGAUUGCCCAAGUCCACACUCGAGUUCAUUAUUUAAGACUCUGACAGACGACGAGACCAAGUUGCUAUCAGCAUUAAGACAUCCAACUCAAAAACUUUUGCAUUCAAUUCCAUCCAACCCCGUUUGAUAUUUGGUUGCUUUGCUUUGGUGUAUUCAAAGCAGAGGCAGACAUUUCUUUGUAAAUUCAUUUAACUUUCUCCGCACUCAUUGGAACGGAGUUGUCUCGUGUUUCUCUCAUAUCCUGCUUGACGAUCCUAUCCGUCUCCUUCCAAGACAGCUAGACAACAGACUCCACAUAUUUACAAGAAGUAGUAAAAUAAACUCAUAUAAUAAAAAUAAAGUUACUGGAAUGACCCAGAAAGUAAGAACAUUGAAGGAGUAACGACCACCUCAAACAGCCGAGAGCUCUGCCACAACGGAGAAAACAAGUUUUUUAACGACUAUCCAUCAUCUUAUUCGACGCGUGUGUAGUUUUGUGGGGCAUAAAGUGAACUACUACAUACUCAGCCAGAGUAACAAGGCGAGAGUGAGUACUUCAUACUAAGUUCAUGUUUUCAUGCUUUCUCCGCUGCAAAAAACAGACCAGGCAACCAACGAGUGCUGCUCAUAACCAAACCAAAUCAAAGGAUCUACCUACACUUGUUCUCCAUCCACCUAACAAACCAAGCACAACACAGUUUUCCAGUCCAUGUAUGUGUAUGUUGCUUGAGACAGGAGAGAGAUUCAUUUUACUCACUCAGAAGCAGCAGCGGAGAUAAAAAUCUUGGAAAGGACACGCACGCUGCUAACCUUGUCGUGCUUUUCCCACACUGAAAGUGCCAUACAGUUGACUGUGUGCUUUGUUCCUCAAGAGAAAUUUAUUCUGUGGUCCCAUCCACCACUGCUACACAGACACAUACACACGUACUUAUGUAUAUACGCCAAGUACAUGCUACUGGGUGGCCAGGAAAGAAGGGCUGCGUUGAAUGAAUGAGUGAGAGUGCAAGUGAAAGUGCUUUCUUAACAAACCAAGAAAAGCACAUACAUCCGACAAACAUUCAACCUCUGCUGCAUUCCUUGAAACCACUCGUAGAACCAGAACCUCCACCGCUAACUCGCCACUUUUCACUUUGACGGUUCUCAACUUCAAUCCAGAAAUCGAAAGUCUUUCGUUGGGCCACUGCUCAACUGACUCGAGAAGAAGAGACAAAGUUAUUUUAUUGCGGGGGGUGGUCCUUGUGGUGUCGAGUGGUGGAGUGGCAGGACAAAAUACACAUUACACAUCAGCGCACAAAGAAUUGAGGCGUUUUGGCUUGAAUGACCUCCGAUUCCUUCAGCUCACCAAACUUUGAGGGAUAUUUGGAAGAGGGGAGAGUGAUAUCAUUGUCCUAGGAAUUGUUCGAACGUAAACUAGGACGGACAAAGGUUAUUGGGUGUAGGGAAUAAAUACUCUGACUGAACUCGUAAUCCGUACCCUCCUCCGCCCGCCCGCCCGCCGCUUGGGAACAAAGUUAAGUAGUGAGUGUGGAGAAAGUACAUCUGGGCCAGUUGGACUCAACUUGUUUCGUGUCGUCCUGACACUACGGAUCCUGGCUCAGAGUUGUGGGGACAGAUUCGACAGAUACAUUCGAAUAGAUAUUUGUAUCAAUAUCGUUGAAAGGACGUGAGCUUGCACCCAUUACUUUUUUGCAGCAUCUCUCUCUUGCUCUGGGAUCUCGUACAUACUGCUUCGAACAGUGAAAGAUACAGUGCGAGAUAAGUGGGGACAGCUGAGAAGAACGCCAGAGAGAAGACAAUAUUCAAUACCCAACACACACACACACACACACAUCACAGUCGGCAGCAGCAGCAGCAGCAGAAGCAACCCAUUGACAUUGGAGAAAUUCCUCUCGGCUUUUCUCAUCCUUGGUUGCUGGGUCAAAUACCAGAAGCCAGAAGCGAGUGCUGUUGCAGAGUUAUAUAUUUAGUGGCCGCGCAGUCAGUCACAAAGAACCACGGGAGAAUUAUAUCGUCUUUCUCCAGCCUUAUAUUUAAUAGAAAAAGUCAGACGACGAGCAAAUACGAGAAGACGACACUACCACCACGACCAGUUCUCUCUAAACUCUUUCUUGGCUCGUACAUAUUGGUCUGGACAACAAAAGAAAAAUUGUGCAGCACAAAAGAGCCAGAAAUGAACUCAUCCAUCACCUCCGGCAUCCUAUAACUAAACACUCUUCGGCCCAUUGAGAUAGUUUAGCAAGCUUUUUCCAUUUCUAUAUCUCCUCCAGUUCUCUGGUUCUGUUUCUUAAUGUGAUGGCUGAAGCGGUCACAGAGUGGAGUGAGCACAAGUAGAAGCCCGAGCAGAAGGAAAACGAACCAUGUGGGUCACUCGGUCGUCGAUCCAAUCCCACCAUUGUUUGUUUUUCUUCCCAUUCUUCCGCAUUUCUCUAAAUGAAUUAAAUUCCCGAGCCUUGUGUUGAUUAAACUGUGUUGUCCAACAACCACCUCCUCGCCAUCAGUCCAAUAACACUAGCCACAGUCCAACUGACAUAAACCGACAUUACAUUUCCUUCCCCCCGCAAAGAAAGGGUUCUGAUUUCGUCAAUUGACCAUUUAACUCUACACGUCACCCUGAAUACCAGAUUGUUGAUGUUGAUUGUAGUUUCCAUAAAAGGAGCAGGAAAACUUUUAUCAGUGAGUGGAGCUGAAUGAACAAAAAACAUUUCCCAUUUCAGACGGAUAGUUCCAACAAAAAAUAAUCUAUUAACUUUAUUACCUUUCUUCCCAAAGUAAAAAAAAGCCGAAUCUAAAUGAACACGACGACAACUACGAUGAUGAUUGGAAUUGCCCAUUGGCCUACAUUUCCUCUUUUGUGAGCCUUCUUUCUCUGGUAGUGUAAUAUUACAAGCCACCGAGAAGAUUGAUAGGAUACUUGAUUCCCAUGUCAUUUCGAGUCUCAAUUGUAUAAAUGAGCGUUGACGUACUAUACUGUUUCUGGUAAUUCCUAUUAAACUGAUUGAUGUGAACAGAUGCUGAGCACUGCAUACAGUGCAAGGGAGACAAUACAGUGAAAGAACAGUGGAUAACUAUUUUCUUCCAAUUUUGAUUGAAUUGGAUUAUUUGGUUGAGUGAACCACCUCAAGGAUUCGUAUACAUUUACAAUGCCAGGAAGCAAGUUGGUGUCCCGAGGGACGGCGUAUUUCGCUGUGAUUUCCACCCUAAAUCUCCUCAUUAUUAUGGCUGCCAUUGCCAAUGACGGUUCAGUGGGCAAUUCGACUUCAGCACCAACGCCAACUUCAAUCCAAUUGACCACGACGUCAUCAAAGUCACUCCCCUCCAUAUCCUCCCAGGUUCGAGGACCAGGCUUCGAGUCUGUAAUAAAGGUUGCCGCUGGUGGGAAAGAGUCCGGUAUUCUGCCGACGCAGCAAGGACUUGGGAAGGCCCUCCCCACCGGGAACACCACGCCGUCGUUGAUAAAUUUUAUUAAUUCAUCGUCCAACAAUCCCUUCACCACGCAGAAUUGGACGGAAGUGAGAGCGCAGUUCAAGAGUAACGCUUUGCUGCCAUGCCAAGUUCGCAACGCCGGAGAUGGAGUCACGGUCUCGUGGAUUCGCCGAAAGGAUUACCACCUACUCACGGUUGGGCUUCAAACCUACUCGAGCGAUGACAGAUUUCAAGCAAUCCAUUCCCAGAGUCCAGAUGACGUUUCUUUGCUAAUUAAGUUUGUCCAAUUACGAGACGAGGGCGUCUACAUUUGUCUCGUUGGAACACAUCCACCUUCCAGCGUCUUUGUGACCCUAAAAGUCCAAGAGGUCCGCGCCGAGAUAGUUGGUGGGCCAGAGAAGAUCUACAAGGCUGGGAGCACCGUCGAAUUGAAAUGCGACCUCAUUGACAGCACUGAAGAACCAGAAUAUUUUUGGUGGUAUCAGGGGCUUCAAAUGAUAAACUACGAUCGGAGUCGGCAUAUUAAUGUGACCCAUUACAAAUCUUCCAGCGUUUUGAUUCUCUACAACGUCCAGAAACAGCAGCAAGGAAACUAUUCCUGUGUUCCUUCAAACGCCCAUCCAGCUAGUAUAUUCGUCCACAUUAUAAAUGGUGAAAAUCCUGCUGCCAUGCAGCACGGCUCUCACUCGACAUCCUGCGUCCCUUGCCCGCCGUUGUGGUUCCUCUCAUUUCUUCUCAGUCUCGCCCUCCAAGCGUUUUACUUCCGCUUCAUGUCCAAUCAUGUUGACCGAUCAGAACGAGGACAUGAACGACGAGCUCUUUGUACAAUCACGUCAGAGUCUUCACCCUCCUCACUGGAGAAUGAAGUCUCAAGUCACACUCGGGACAGCCAAGAGUUCUCCGACCACUGCUAUCAUCACCAACAACCAUUCCAUCAUAAUCAUCAUUGCCAUCAUCUUUAUUUGAGUUGGGAAAAGCCAGGCGACAGAGACACAUCUUCCACUCACCAAAUCUCCAAAAACGACCACAAUCACCGGCCACCAGUGCAGGACGACCCAGCGUUGACUACCCAUUACGAAUGUGGAGAAAGUGAAAAGCGUUGUUCAGUUCUUUGUACUUGUCCUCCUGCUACUGCGCCUCUGAAUAUCAACAUGGUUUGUGCAGUGCAUUGCAACCAGAAAUCCGGGACGAGGUCAUCCGUUCCAUCGGAUUCUAAUUUUGCAUUGUGUUGCAGAUCAGAAGGGCGACAAGGGGCACCAUUUCAACGAGUUACGGCCCAUUCAUCGGGGUUAACGGUGGUUAAGCAGGGCCCUCGUAAUUAAUUUCUCUACCACGGUAACUUCGAAAGACUGACGAGGAAAUUACGUAACUAGCUUCGAGUGCAUGAUGCUAGAUAAAACUCCUGCCCGAUCGCUCUCUUUCUCUCCUCUAGGACAGGACAGCUUGAGUCCAAGUCUACGUCUUGUGCACUACUGAACAAGAGUUCAGCUUUGGAAAUUUCUCAUCUUGCUAUUUGAAGGUGCUGCUGUGAUGACAAUGGAUACUUACCAUGGACAUUCCACGACGACACACAAACCGUGGCAAAUAUUUACUGCGUAAGUGUUCGACGUGUGUAUACAUAGAAGUAACAUAAUCUUAUUAAUAUUCAGGAUAAUACGUAGCAUAGCAUACCCAACAAUCAGUAAAGUGGACAAUAUGGCAUUUCUACUGUUGUAGCAGUAGUUGUACUACCCGGGUACCCUUUUUUACAUAAAUAUCUAUCUACACUAUCGCUCGUCAUGUCAUUUACUCGUGAUGAUAAAUUGAGAUUGGGUUUAAAGUUUGAUAAACUGUGUGCUUACAAAAUACGACAAAUUUUAUAAACGUGAACAACUCAGUUUCAAAUUCGUACUUAUUAGCACACCAUAUGAGAUGUAACAUACACACAAUAUCAAACAUAUUCAGGCGGAAGGUCCACCACUCAUACAUAAUUGUAAUAUAUGCCAUUUAAAUAAAUUAUUAACUACGCGUAAAUAAAUAGCAUAAAAAACAAAACAUUCUUGCAAAAUACUUUUACCAUUCUUAGCUUGUUGGACGUCCGCCUUCUUGGCAUAGUCCAAGUUUAUUAUCAAAAAAGAAUCUCCGUGGUUUAAAAAUUUACUUUGAUCCAGAGAUUCUUGUAAUAUUUCUAGCUUUGCUUUAAAUCCGGCAGCAAUGGAUAGGCCAUAGAAGCAAGAAUUAAUGGAAUAUAUAUGCACAGGACAGAAAUACGUAAAAGUAUGUAUGUAUAUGUUAAGGUAAAAUUUUGGGGAAGGGAAUCUCGAGCAAUUAAUUAAAGCUGUAACAACAAGCAUUUGGAAUAUUUACUCAAAUGAAGUCUUUACUCGGGCGUGCUGGUAAAUAUAAUUAAGACGCCGUGGUGGAGGCUGGAGAGAUAACUCGAGUACGUGUACAUAGGUUUUAAGUACAGUUCGGAGUUUGAGAGGUGAAAUGACUUUCACUGCUUUCUUUCAUUAAUCAUAUUAACGGUACCUCUGGCAUACCCGAUUUCCUCCUACUUUCGACCUAAAAUUGUCUGAGUAAUUAGAUAGCAUUCAUCCAGUCCUGACUGUUGACUUUAUUGCUUCUACUCCACUGGAUGUGAUCUUGUGUAAGUAUGUAGAUUAAUAUAUCUCUCUAAAUUAUGGAUAAAAUCAGCAUUAAUCGUAAUGGUAAGAUACGUAGCAUGUCGUUUGUUUCAUUAAAUUUUAUGUAGUAUAAAUAUAAAUCUAUGUGUAUAUAUAAAUAAAAUCUAUGAAAAAUUAUGACGCCAAGUAUUAUGCACUGCUGUGAAUUAGUUUAAACAAUGACACCUUUUUGUGAAUACACUCGUAACUCGUAUCUACUAGUCAAUGUAUUGCAGCUGUAUAUUUUAUUUCAAAGCCGUCGUAUUUACUUGAAAGUCAAGUGGAUCGUACAUAUUCAAUUGAAAAUAAAAGGUUGAAUGUCAGAGUAAUAUAAAAAAAAGUAUUAAUGUUUGUGUAUCAGUAACUGUUUAUGUACUUAAUAAACCACAAUUUGUUUACGAGAGGGUUGAUGUGGUGGAUAUACUAAUGAUUGACUUUAUUCUUUUUCUUGGCUGAUUUCAUGGAUGUCUCCACAAUGUAUGUGUUUAAUUUGUAACAUUUAAUUAAAUGUGGGUUACUCAUCGUAAAUGUAUAGACGUACAAAUGUAGUAUGUAUCUAUAAAACACUUGCAUUGUUUGAAUGUAUAAGAGGUCGACAGAUUACAAUUACUAUCAAUUAUGUACAAGAUGAAAUGUGUAAAAAUAAUAAAUAAUAAAAGAUCGUGAGGAAUAUGAUUCUGUA